GCAGCGCGUCUGGCUCUGGCAGAACGGGCAAGGCAGCGGAGGCGCAGGACGUGGGAAGUCCUCGCGUGUUUGCGGGACACGCGUGGCGCUGCGUGGGACUGCGAUCGAACUGCAGAACCUUUGGGGGGAAAAGGAGCCUGGUGAUGCAGCUUCAGCCUUCUCCCUCGCCUUGAUCCCUCUCUCUGUCUGUCUCUUUGACCCACGAUGUACACGAUCACGAGGGGGCCGAGCAAGCUGGUCACCCAGAGGAGGACAGGACCCACGCAGCAAGUGGAGAACAAAGCCUCGGAGCUGAAAUGCCGCCGCCGGGCCCAGCGGCAGCAGGAGGAGAAGCCGCACGAAAGCCCGGCUCCCAAGAUCGUGUUCAGCAGAAUAAAUGGCAAAAAGCCUGCGCUCACCAUCCAGCCCACGUCCAACGUAGAAGAAAGCUACACCGUGGCUCACGAAGAAAACGUUCGCUUUGUAUAUGAAGCCUGGCAACAGGUAGAACAACAGCUGGAUGGCAGCCAGCGAGGAGACAGCAGCCCCGGCCCAGUGCAAUACGCAGAAAAGGCUCCCAGCCCUGAACUGAAAGGUUUUGUGCCUAUAGACUUGGAAGACUGGUGGGCGCAGCAAUUCCUGGCCAAAAUUGAGAACGGCUCCUAGCGAAGGGUCACGGAGAGGCGGAAACAAAGGGGGAAACAAAACAAAUGAUUUUUCAAUCUAAGAAAACGCACACCUGUUCAGGUGAAGAGGAAGGAGAGAGGAACGGGACCGCGGCCGUCCCCAGGCUUGCAUUCGCGGAGGCGCCCUGCUUCUUAUUCCUUCCGCGGGAAGCGCCGGGACCUGAGCAAGGAAGACUCCCCUGGGUGGUCUCCUCCGAAAGAACGGCACGGAAAAAGGGAAGCGGGAAGGGGCUGGCGACCCCCAUCCUUCCCUCACUUGGACCCGGAGCCCAUCGCAGUGGCCCGGAAGGUCAGGACCAGCCUUCGACAAUAAACGUACCCAGUGCUGCCAAUAAAACAAAUUGUGCCUCUG